AUGUUCGGGAACCCGGUUCCUCCUUACAUCCUUUCGGAUCCUUACACCAUGGGAGAGUUUCCCACGUGGGCGCGCAAGGGGGAUGUUAUUGUGGCUGCUGCACCCAAGGCAGGGACGACGUGGAUGUUGUACUGUUCGCAUCAGAUCAGGAUGAAAGGAAGAGACUACAACUUCACCGAUGUGAAUAUCGAGACGCCCUGGCCCGACUUGGUCCAUCGACCGGGCCAAACUUGGAAAGACAUCAAGUCGCUGUUGAAUACGACUGUGCUGCCGGACGGGUCGAGGCUGAAGGAUCAUUGGGACAAUCCGAGCCAUCCUUUUCGCAUCUUUAAAUCCCACUAUCAUCCCUACAAGAGGAACGGAAAGCCGUACCAGGUCCUCCCAGUGCGGGAGUUCCCCAACAUCAAGUUCAUCGGGAUAGUAAGGAACGGUCUGGAUGUGCUGGCGAGCUUCUGUACCUUCUUCUACAACCACCGUCCUGACUUCAGGAAGAUGUGGGGAGGGUUUCCCAUGGCGUUCAAGAGCAACGAAGAAUGUAUGAACUUCCUCCUCCCCGACGGUCCUCUCGACUACAUCUUCUUCGGAUACGCCAAGGACUGGUGGGAGAUUCGCAACCUUCCCAACGUCCUCCUGCUGCACUACUCGGACAUGUCCAAGGACCUUGUUGGAGGAGUGAAGAAGAUGGCAAAGUUCUUGGAGGUCGACCUGAAGCCAGACGAGCUCGACCGCGUGGUGGAGAAGUGUUCUUUCAAGUACAUGAAAGCGCACUCCGACCAGUUCAACUAUGUGCUGUGGAGCAACGAGCCCCCGCUCCCCAGCACAGCCAUGUGCGGUACCAUCCAUUGCCCUGAUAAUCCCGAAGGAACGGUAGUGUACAAGGGCAAGUCAGGGCGAGGCAAAGCCACGUUCUCGGAAGAGCUGAUAGCCAAGUGGGAGGCAGCGGAGAAGGCGGAGUUUGAUGACCCUGCUUUGAUGGACUGGGUGAAGAAUGGAGGCAGCUUCCAGUAG